UCAGAUAAGCUGCCGGAAAGUGGAAAAAAGGGGAUACAAUCGUUAUUCUUUAAAUCGGUCACUCUCCUCCACCGGCGGAGAUACAGACUAUGGUGGCGGCUGCGUCUGCUUCAUUCCGAUGGAUACUGCAAUUGCACAAAGAUGUACCAAAAGCUGCGAGAUUCUACAAAGAAGGUCUUGAUUUCAGCGUAAAUGUGUGUACUCUCCGGUGGGCUGAACUCGAAUCCGGUCCUCUCAAGCUCUCUCUCAUGCAUUCUUCCAGCGAGAUUGUGGUUCAGAAGGGAUACUCGUCACUGUUAUCAUUCACUGUGACCGACAUUAACAAUACCGUAACUAAACUCAUGGCUUUAGGUGCAGAGAUGGAUGGUCCUAUCAAAUAUGAGGUCCAUGGAAAGGUUGCUGCAAUGCGGUGUAUUGAUGGUCACAUGUUGGGUCUUUAUGAGCCUGCUUGAAACCUACGACUUGCACCUGCAUAUUCUCGUCUUGCGAUUCAAAAGAAGAAAUUCUACGUUAUAAAAAGUUCAGUUUGAAAGGCAAGGAGAUUGUAAGUUCUCCUUUUCUUUCGUUGUAUUUCUAGUCGAGUACAAACACAUAUGCACAUAUAGUAGAUUCGUAAGCUUAAUUUAGGAGGUCAGGUCAACUAGCAAAUAAAGGCCAGGCCUUGGGCACUUUCUCAUAGGUCGUCAGUCCGAGUCUUCUCAAGAUCACCGAGAUUUUCAUUUUCCUAGCUGUUAUCUUCAGUGUUCCAAGGAUUACUCUGAAGGGCGCGCAAACUGUCUCGAAUACCUAGUAAAGGUUGUUUUUAGAUAAUUUAUUUUUUAUCCUUACAACUCUCAAAUAAAAAAACAAUGUUUUUGUUGUUUCGAGACAAUUUGUCUCGAAGGUAAGGAGGUGGACAUUAAUAGAAAUAGUAUUGGUUCCCCUUGAAGAAGAGAAUUGGUUUUGUUGGACAAACUUACCCUUAAAAAUAGAAAUCUACACGAAGCACCCCUCAACUUAGAAAUCGCAUACGUCUACAUUCAGAUGAUUUUAGGGUUUUGUUUUGUUUUGUUUGAUUCGACACUCCAAAGUAGUUCGAAUUUUGGUCGUCUUUAUUGACGGUUAUUCAUGUAAACGAUGUUUUAACGACUCGUGUGUUUUUGACUUGAACAAUGAUAUUGAAUGGUUGGUAUUUUGAU